UGGGUCAGUAACAGGAGAGUCCGAGAAAGUAAUGGAAAGAAACGACUCUAUACAGACGACAUCUGGCGAAAUGGAAAGUAACGUUGAAUCGUCAUAUCAUAAUAAAAUUGAAGACAAUCUAGAAUUGGAUAGUAACGAAGAAUAUAUAUUAGAAGAAUUAGAAAGAAUUGUUGUCAGCGUUACAAUCACUGCACAGCCAGAUAAACAAAAUACGAUAGCCGACAUGAUAAAGACAGAAGACUAUUUAGUUGUGGAUAAAAUGUCGCGACAAUCCAUAGAUAGUACAAGCUCGUAUGUACAAUUUAAGCAGUCAAAUAAUUCUCAAGGCUUUGUUAAAGAAUAUCAGGAAUUCAGCGAGAAUUCUAAAGAUGCAGAUAACAAUUUUAGUGCUAAUCAAGAAAAUGAUAAUGUGAGUGAACUAUUUCAGAUACAUUCUGAAGAGUCACCUGACGUUAAGAGUAGAAAAAUAAACUUUUUACAAUUAAUUGCUAAUAAGGUGACCGAGGAAUUGAGAAACCCAGACGAUAUUCGGUAUGUAAAUGUUUUGCCUAAGUGUAAAGAUGAAUUAGUAUAAUUUUAUUUUGUAUUACUUUAUGAAUUUCAGCAGAAAAGCAGGAACUCAAAAAACAGAGCAAGUAUCAUGGAAAUUACCAAUUAAAUUUGCAGCUCCAAAUGAAAAUUUAUUGAGCAAGUAAUGCUGAUGAAUCAUGGCCAACAGAUAUUUCUACACCAACACUAAAGGCCAGUGAAAGUGUAAGCAAAUCUAUAACAUCACUGGGAAAAAUAAUAGAAAACGAUGAACAACUAUUAUAUCAAGAAGAUAUCGCUAAACAGAUUAUAGAUGAAUUAGAAGAAACACUAAACUCGGAAAAUACCAAAACGAGUAAUGAUAAUACGACAAAGGAAAAAAUUUCCUCUGAGAAUAAUUUACGAUAUGAAAAAGAUAACAACACGAACGUAGUUCCGGAAAAUGAGACAAGAAUGCCUGAAUUGGAAAUCACCAAAAGUAAUAUGUCUGAAUACACUCGGAAUACAACGGCUGCCACUCCAAAAACAAUGAUUAGUACAAAUAAUAAUAACUACACAAAUCAAAUUAAUUUGAUGUUUAUGCCAGUAACACAACCUAUUUCUAAAAAACCUUCAGUUAAAAUUCUAAUAGAUGAAUAUAAUUUAAAUAAAAAUAAAGAUACAGCUGGUGAAAAAAAUGUGAUUCUUGGAACUGUUCAAAAUAAAUUGAAUUUGGCUCAUGGAAUACAGGAAGCCAAAUUUCAAUACAGAGUUAAUCCCUACACAGCACCGCCUUGGGUAUGGCAAGACCAUGGAAAGGGCGAACCAAGCGAAAACUCUUUUAACUAUGAAAGCAGAGCGAAACUACAAAUGAAGGAAUGCGAUAUACGAAAAUGGAAUAAAGAUUUGAAGGCAAUAAAUGCUAAUCUGGAUUUAUGGCAUGUUUGGUUGCAGACAGCCUGCAAAAAUAUAAUAUGGUUAAAAAAGUAUUCAGAAAUGAACAAGUUAUGUUCUCCGGGUAUCAUCAAAGAAAAUACAAGAAAUUGGGUUAAUCUGAAAAAAGAUAUGGAUAAAGAUAUAAUUAUAUGGCCAACAUUAAAUAAACAAACUCAAAAAAGACUUAAAACAUACAAAACUACCUAUGAAAAAUACGGAAAACAGAUACUGUCAGUAGAACAAAAUGUAUUGAAAUGCAGUUGCAAGAAACGAAGAAUGUGAUUAAAUGAGUUGAUUAAAAAUAACGCUUACCAGC